CCAUGGUUGAUUCAGUCGACUAGUCAAAAGGUUUCUACAGGAAUUUUGACCCAAAAGACCGUAUAUAUCGUACAUCAAGUGUCCAUUUUCGAUUUUGUGCCUCGCCAACGCAUCUUCAAACGAUUCGUCCUGAUCUACCAGGGAUUAUGGCGUUGAGGCUUCGAAAUAUGCUUUUAUGGCUGCGGAGAACAGACGGAAUGCUGCAAAUGCAUCGUCGGUGGACUUGUUUUCCUCAUGCCUGUCAUCCAGUCUAUGGGUCUCAUGCUCAAAAGGACGCGCCACAGGGACAUCUUCGAUUCGGCGAACGGGUAGCCAACCCCGGCCGUCGUUUAGGUCGAAUGCAAAGUCAGACCACUCUGAACUUCAUACGUGACGAUACAGCUCCUCGAUUCGUAUCAUCCCACGAGUCUUCUUCCACUCCGCUGCGAUGUUCUCCGUUCAUUCCAGAUGAGCACGGUAGUGCAUGGGCUGAGAUAUAUAGUGAUACAUAAAAAUCAAGAUAUAAUACAAAACGGACAAUGACAGAGGAACCUAUGCGUCGCACGAUAGUCCAUCCCGCAAUCUUCACCGUCGGGCGCGUGUCACCUGUGGCAGCGUCGGACCUCUAGUCUGUGGAUC